CAAGACUGCUCCGUCAGCCAGUCAUGAAGGAGCUGCGACUGAGGGGAGGUGAGGGAGGCUCCGGUUGACCUCUCGAAGAUGUGAGACGACUUACUGAACCUUAACGGAAAGCUCGACGUGGCCAGGUGUAAUAGAUCAGUGCACAUACCGGGACACGUGAAGCACACCUAACACACUUACUCGCUGCUAGUGAAAGGUGAAUAUUUGCUGUGUAUUUCCCGAGGCAUCAAGUGCAGCUAGAGCGUUUUAUGACGAAGCCAGGCGUGUGUACAAAGCAGUGACGACGACAGGCAGACUUGCCUGCACGUCGUGAAGCUACGCAAGCCUGUGUCCACCCUGUCCAUCCCUGGGUCGAUGAAGGGAGGCGCAGGCGGCGGAGGCGGGCGCAGCGUGGAGGGCGAGGACUCCGGCAUAGCGCUGGUGGGCGUCCACUCCGAGUAUCCACGUUACACCGAAGAGAAGGGCGGCUCAGGGGGAGGCAAGAACGCCUCCUUCAAGCUGCGCAACAAGCCUAACGUCGGCUACCGCCUCGGGCGACGCAAGGCGCUCUUCGAGAAGCGGAAGAGGAUAUCAGACUAUGCCCUCGUCAUGGGCAUGGUUGGCAUCAUCGUCAUGGUCAUCGAGAACGAGCUAUCCUCGGCCCACGUCUACGAUAAGCACUCCUCCGUCUCCCACGCUUUGAAGACCCUGAUUAGCGUGUCAACAGUCAUCCUUCUCGGACUAAUAUGUGCCUACCACGCCCUUGAGGUGCAGUUGUUUAUGAUCGACAACUGCGCUGAUGACUGGCGCAUCGCGAUGACGUGGCAGAGGAUAGCGAGGAUAGUGAUGGAGCUGGUCAUCUGUGCCGUCCAUCCCAUCCCGGGCGAGUACUAUUUCUACUGGACCACCAAGCUCUCCAACCAUGGCGGGGUGGAGGGGUCGCAGUGGGUGCCCAUCGACAUCACUCUCUCCCUGCCCAUGUUCCUCCGUUUGUACCUUAUCUGCAGGGUGAUGCUUCUCCACUCCAAGCUCUUCACAGACGCAUCUUCGAGGAGUAUCGGAGCGCUGAACAGAAUCAACUUCAACACUCGAUUUGUCCUCAAGACGCUGAUGACCAUCUGCCCGGGCACGGUGCUGCUCGUGUUCAUGGUCUCACUGUGGAUCAUUGCCUCUUGGACUUUGCGUCAGUGUGAGAGGUACCAUGACGAAGAACAUGCCAAUUUGUUGAACACCAUGUGGCUUAUAGCGAUCACAUUCUUGUCCGUGGGGUACGGUGAUAUAGUCCCAAAUACUUACUGUGGGAGGGGUAUAGCGGUGACCACAGGCAUCAUGGGGGCCGGAUGCACAGCACUACUGGUCGCUGUGGUCUCACGUAAAAUGGAACUUAGCCGAGCGGAGAAACAUGUUCACAAUUUUAUGAUGGACACCCAGUUAACGAAAAGGUUAAAAAACUCCGCGGCCAACGUGCUGCGGGAGACGUGGCUCAUAUACAAGCACACGAAGCUGGUGAAGAAGGUGAACCACGGCCGCGUCAGGACCCAUCAGCGCAAGUUCCUUCUCGCCAUCUACGCGCUGAGAAAAGUGAAGAUGGACCAGAGGAAGCUCAUGGACAACGCCAACACCAUCACCGACAUGGCCAAGACCCAGAACACCGUGUACGAGUUGGUGUCGGACAUGAGCGGGCGUCAAGACAUGCUGGACGAACGAGUCGGUUCCAUGGAGGACCGCCUUGCCUCAAUCCAGGAGUCCCUGGAUGCUCUGCCGGACGUGAUGGGUCGCUGCUUGCAGAAGCACCAGGAACUGCUGGAUCAGCGGCGUUCAACGGGCCCCUCCUCCAACUCCCUCCAUCCUGACAUGGCGGCGCGGGCCACCGGCUACCCAGCCCUUACGGCUAGUCAGUCUCCGAGAAGUGCAAGUGUUUGGCAGCAGCAGCAACAACAGCAGCAGCAGCAGCAACAACAACAACAACAACAACAACAACAGCAACAACAACAGCAACAGCAACAAACACAGAGCAAUGUGCCGCCGCCCUUGUACCCCAGGACGGGGUUAAGUCCGACGUUGCCGGGGCUUCCGGCGCCAGCGACCGCUGUAAAUAGUUUGUCAGGGGAGCGGUCGCCAACAGCGCUGAGCGCACAGUCGCUGCCCAAAUCGGAGGCAUGAAGUCAAGCCGUCCAGCUGCGGGCAGCAGCAGAAGUGAGAGUAGCAAGUGACGUUGUUUGUAGGCUACUGCUGGUGUCCGCACUCUGCUCUCUUCAAUACUCGCCAUCACACCAAUAUCACUUUCACACUCUUGCGGUCCACCUUGAGUACUGUCUAUGACGGGGACUUCAUGGCUACUGUGUGGCCAAUUCACCCCAUGCUAUCUUCCCACCCACCUUACGAACCUCCGCUCUUUUCAUAUCACUCAGUGCACAAUGUGAUAUUAGGCAAGCAGUUACGGAGGAAGGACACCUGAACCGUGUCUAGCGCUAGGUCCCCCCUCGGUGCUCUACCAUCAAUACAACUCCAGCAGAGGUUAACAGUCGCUAUUAGUAGGAAAAUUAGCGUGAAAUAUCUCGACACACUGUGAUGUUUAGGUUGUUCAUAAAUCACGAAACCCAACAGUUAUUUUAAGAAAAUAUUCUGGGCGAGUGUCAGUUCUCUCCAGCAAUCACUUCGCUGUAGUCGCUACACAGAGAACACCAGCCGCCACUGUGGGGUCACCUCAGUCCCUGGUGGACGCUGGGGUGUCCGACGAGGUGAAUGAACUGGCAGUAGCCACAGCUUCUCCUGACUACUAGGCAAGCAUAGGUUAGUCGAUGGCGUUAAGUCCCUGGCGGACAGUCAUCCCUACCUCAGGAGUUACUUUGGCCCAAGAUGUAUCUUCUGCUGGAGGGCAUUAUUGUUGGUGUAGCUGAGGAGUAUAGAAAAUAUUAUUUUUUUUCGGGCGUAAUAACAGAAAAUAUGAGCCUGAAGUCACUCCUUGACUUUACUUGUCAACUGCCUCGAACUACAAAGGGUGGUUGGUUAUUAUCUCGUCUACAACAUAAUAUCCUCUUCUCCCUGGGCCGCCGCGGCGACACUGGGCGGCGUUUACCCACACGGCCUGUGUGUGUGUGUGUGUGUGUGUGUGUGUGUGUGUGUGUGUGUGUGUCUGUGUCUGCAUGCGCGUGCGUGCGUGUGUGCGUGCCUGUGUGCAUGAAUGCGCACGCGCGUGUAUGCUUGUGUGUGUGUGUGUGUGUGUGUUCAGAUUCCAAAUGUCUUUGAUAUUUUUCGAAUGAACACUUGCAACACAUUAUGAUAUAAACAUAAAUAUUCUGUAAAUGUUCACAGCAGGACCGACAGGUGAAAAACACCGCCGCGUGCGUCCAUAACACAACACUGUGUUCAACCUACGUGCACUACCCAGUGUCAUGCCCGCGGCGAACAGUCACCACGUGCGAGCAUUCUUCUCAACAGUAAACCUACAAAAUCAAUUAAAAAAUCCGGCGAUAUCUGAAGAUGCUGCUGCUUGCACGGUCACCUCGCAGGUGGAGACGGACCCGCGGGCACCUGUGACCCUGCGAGGCGCAAACAAAACACUCCUCUGAAGGGAUGCCCACGGGUGUCUGAACAACAACUUCAGAUUAGGGAGAGGAGAGCCUUCUGACGGUGGCGGAGCUCCCGGGCCGCCGCCGCUGUUAACAUAUCAGGCCAGGCCAGGCCGGGCCGGCUGCUGGCUCUGGUGCUUCACGUCCUCACCCUGUCCCCGCGUCCAGGUGCUUCUGUGGCCUACGUACAGUGCUUUCGUGGGCGAGGUCAGUGAGCGAGCAACUUUACCUCACGGCAAAGAGACGGUUUCUUAAAUUGUGUACUACAGAACUCGACAUGAUGCCCACACACAGAUGUACAUGUAUCUCUGUUUCUCAUAAGACAUCAUCACUACUCACAUGAAGAUCGAAAAUCCUGGGACAGCGACGGAGCCACAUACUAUAUAAUCUCCGAGGCUUGUGUCAUGUUCCUGCACUACCCUGUGUGAGUGGUUGUCACACUGUUUUUACUACGGUGGAUUUAGUACAAAUAAGUCAUUCAUUCAUAUAUUAUACAUACAUAUACAAAAAAAAUCUUACCUUCUAGUAUACAACCUACUAGUAACUGGAAAGUAAAUAUUGAUAUACAAAAUUCUUUUCGGAAAAACAACAAUGAUACCUAUAUUUUUAUCAGGGCUCAUUAACGGUGUUUCUUAGUAAUGGAAAUAGGAAAUGAUAGCUGACUGGAAAGAAAGGCCAUUUUUCGAGUUUCUUCUUUCCCUAUAAGUCUGUAACCCUCGUCGCCACCUUUAAGUGCUAUGUCUCCCGGAGCCUCGCCGGACGGGUGGGCGACGGUGUCUCCCUGGGAGCUCCGUGAGAACUGACCCGCCGCCGCCUGGGCUGAGGAGCCACUAGGAGCUGCAGUUCUUUCUUCUCGUCAUUAACUCCCGGGCAGGUGUUGACAAGGGUGCUGUGCCUUUAGCUUUCACCAAGGUCAAAUAAUUUUAUUAAACUUUAUUAUUCCCUUUAUAAAGAAACCACCACUUGUGAAAAUCAAGAUAUAUAUACAUAUAACAAAUAUAUAUAUAUGCAUAUAUUUUCCAUAUAUGUAUAUAGAUAUAAUGAUAUGCAUAUAUAAUCCUACAAACAAGCUUUGCUGUUGCACUGGGGUGUUGUUUGAUUCUUGUCCUUUCUCUCAGUUAGCUUCCCCGUGUCUCUGACAUUCUGUGUUGUUGUUUCACAUCAUGAAUUUAUGAUGCUUUUCAAGUCCAUAGUAUUCCAUAUGAUAAUUAUAUUAUAGAAUCAAAGUUUUUGCCUAUGUAUCUGCAAAGUUAGGAUAUAGGGACGUUGUCCACACCGGAAAGGUCACAACCAAUGUUACUUAUUUUCAUUAAGAAUAUAAAAGUGAAAAUAUAAAUAAAUAUAUAUAUAAAUAUAUAUACAUGUAAAAAAAGUCCAGUACCGUAUCUCUUUCUGAAGAUCAUUAAUAUGUAACCGACGCGUACUCUAGGUUUACUUGUUACCAUUGUUAAGUACUACUUUUAUAUGAAAAGAGAAACACAUGAUUUUCUAUACCGACGGGCGGGACAGGGUCGGCCGCCACACACACAGCGCUGUCCUGUAUAUACCGUGGGCACCGCUGUUCGUCUACAUACCUCUGAUAUAGGUUACUCGAGCGCGCGUAUUUUCUAGGUGAGGUGGCGCUGCCCUCCCCUGUGCCGGCCCUGCGCGCCCGUCGUAUGGCUGGGAUGUUGUAAUGGUUUCCAACACUCGUCUUGCUGCUCUGUUACCUGACGGUGUGACGGGCGGGGCGGUGCAGCUGAUGGAACCUCACUCACUUCCUCAUACUCACUGACUCACCUUCUCACACCCCUUCCCACGACACUCACUCGUCUUGUCUCCACGCACCCUUUUCUCACCUCACUCCUCACACACACCUCCGUCACAUACAUCUUUUCACACAUUCACUUUCUCCAAGUAAUUUCUCCUGUACUCACCUUCUCCACCCUCACUUUCCUCACUUAAUUGCCUCACUUCACCUAACCCACUCACCCGCCUUCCUCAUACCUUCACGUUUCCCACCCAGCCAGUCUCUCUCUCUCUCUCUCUCUCUCUCUCUCUCUCUCUCUCUCUCUCUCUCUCUCUCUGCUCGUUGUAUCAUUGUUACAUUUACCUUUUAAUCGUAUGAAUAGGUACCCCUUCUCUGCAGAACUGUAUAAAGAUUAUGUUCAAUUGGUGGUUACUUGAAACUUGUUUAUUAUACUCAAAAUUACAUUCCAAUAGUUGUUUUUGUAACAUGAUCAACUUCAUGCCACGGGACUUCUCCGAGGUUUGCUCAGGGCAGACUUCAGUUUAUGGAAUGUUACACACUCUUUAUUCAGUUAGUUAAUGAGUAAUUUAAUAAGUUAAUUAUAUUUUUGCUCUCAUCUUAUAUUUCUUUACAUAUUCAUCUGUAUUGGAUAUGCAUUUUUCCAUCUAUUUGUUUAUUUGUUUGUUUAUUCAUUUAUUUGGCCUCAUAUAAUUACACGAUUGAUUUUGUUUGCUGCAUUCAUUUAUCAAGUAAAUGUUUCAGUUUAUGGUUAAGUUGUUCUCUGCUCUCACCCUCCUCAUUCCUUUUAAUUCUCCUGUCCCCUCUAAGAAGCUUUCCCAUCAGCUGAUUGCUUACGUCAUCCUGUGUUCUUACAAUGACGUCAUUGUUAAUAAUGACGACGCUGACAUUUGACGUGGCAAAUAUAUGUCUCCUUUUGUAUA